AAAACCUUUGUUUCAUUACUUCAUUCGUCUCUUCUCUUCCAUAAGCCUAGUGAGAGAGAGAAACAACACACAACUCAAAAACAUAGUUGAAAAAUGGCUCUCCUUUCUCUCCCUUAUUCACAAUGAAACAACCUUUGUUCUUCAUCUUCUCCUUAGAAGAUGUCUCAAACCAAACAUCAUCAACAACAACAAUCUCCUUCUUUUCUCGAUGCUCUUCUCUGUGAAGAGCAAAACACAUUCGAAGAUGAUGAUUCCGAUGCAAACGUUACUGAUUCUGAAACAUGUAUCCAAAACCCAUCAACAAAGUUUCAAUCUUUACCUAUUGUUUUACUUGAAAAUGAUCUUUUCUGGGAACACGAUGAACUUGUUUCGUUAAUUUUCAAAGAAAAAGAGACCCAUUUGUUUUCUGUUAAUGCUAUUGUUGAUGGAUCUUUGAAAGAUUCUCGUUUUGAAGCUGUUAAUUGGGUUUCUAAAGUUUGUUCUCAUUAUGGAUUUUCUACUUUGACUACUGUUCUUGCUGUUAACUACUUUGAUAGAUUUGUUACUAGUUUGUUGUUUCAAAAAGAUAAACCUUGGAUGACUCAGCUUACUGCUGUUGCUUGUUUGUCUCUUGCUGCUAAAAUGGAAGAAACCCAUGUGCCACUUCUUUUAGACCUUCAAGUUGAGGAAUCUAGAUUUGUGUUUGAAGCUAAAACUAUACAAAGAAUGGAGCUUUUGGUGUUGUCUACUUUGAAAUGGAGGAUGCAUCCAGUGACACCAAUUUCUUUCUUUGAACACAUUGUUAGAAGACUUGGUUUGAAGAGCCGUUUGCAUUGGGAGUUUAUGUGGCGUUGUGAGAGGGUUCUUCUUCAUGUCAUUGUUGAUUCAAGGGUUAUGAUGAGUUAUCUUCCUUCUACAUUGGCUGCUGCUACAAUGAUCCAUGUAAUUAAAGAGAUUGAACCAUUUAAUGCAACUGAGUACAUUGAUCAACUUAUGAGUUUACUAAAGAUUAAUGAGGAACAAGUGAAUGAGUGCUACAAACUUAUGCUGAAGCUAUUAGUUUGCAAUGAUGGCAUUUACAGUCUUCACCAGAAACGGAAGCGUGUUUCCGAACCAAGUAGCCCGGGCGGUGUGAUUGAUGCAUCUUUCAGUUGUGAUAGCUCAAAUAAUUCAUGGACAGUGGCAUCUUCAGGUUCACUUUCAAUUCAGCCGAUGUUUAAGAGGAGCAGAGCUCAGGACCAGCAGAUGCGAUUGCCUUCUGUUAAUCGCGUGUCUAUUGAUGUUCUUAAUAGCCCUCGUUAAUAAUGAGCAAUCUUAGUAUUUUUACUUCCCAAAUGUGGUAGCUCUCUUCACAUAAUUCUGGCAGUUAUUAUGUUAUUGAAAUUCAAUUACAUUAUGUUCUAGUUAUUAUAUACAUUUCUAGCCAAAUAUUUGAAGAUGAAUGGAAUGACGCGGAGACUGAGAUUCCAUCAUCCACUUUGUUGUUUAAGGUGGAGCAAAGAUCUGAUACCAAGUAGAAAGAUGAGUAAUGAACUUGUGAUUCUACUUGAGUUA